AAUGUGCCAUGGGCCAACGAUUGGUGUUCUGGUGACAUGUGACCCAUGGCUACUGAUUUACUCGUAUAACCUGGAACAGUGAACAUCUCACCACCUUUCCCCGUGAAGGUUACAGGCGGGUUCCUGUUCUGAAACUGAGAAGAUCAAAUUCAUAUUCUCUUUUGCUUAAGUGUCUGGAUGUUUGAACUGUCUGUCAGUAAUGACACAAGACUGGAAAUUUUGUGUGAAGAUGCUAUUCCUGAUACUCACAGUUGUGCCCUGCUGUAGGAGUUUGCAGGUUUCUAUUCCAAGUGAACUUUACAAAGCUACACAAGGAGAAGAUAUUACCUUGACAUGCUCGUUCAUCCCAGGGAGACCGGACUACAGUAUGCUGAUGCUCAGCUGGGAGAUUCUACCUAACAGUAAUAAUGAGCCUGUGAAAUCGGUGGCCAUGUUCUUUCUAAACAACCCGGUUGACAUCGCGCCUCCUUAUGAGGGCAGAGCCACUCUGACUGUUGACGUCCACAAACAAGUGAGCACACUCCAGUUAAGAAAACUGACCACAGAGGACAGUCGUACUUACCAGUGCAGUGUCAAGAUACCCGAUGACGAUGAGGGAACAACAGCUGCCACCACAUCCCUUUUGGUCCUGGCGCCUCCCUCAAAACCUGUCUGCGGUGUGCAGGGGAAAGCGGAGUACUGGCAGGACAUCAGCCUCACCUGCAUGUCUGAGGAAGGCUCCCCAAAACCUGAUUACAAAUGGCAGAGCUACACUGUGAACAACAUCCCGAGAAAGUUUCCACCCAAGACAACUGAGAAAGAUGGAAUUCUGUCUCUCGUCAAUAUUUCAAUGGAGACGUCAGGGUUCUGGAUUUGUACAUCAACAAAUCAAGUCGGGUCUGAGAGCUGCAACUUAACCUUGGCAGUGAUGCCCCCCAACAUGAACAUGGGAGCAAGUGCAGGUAUCAUCGCAGGGGUCAUCAUAGGUAUCUUGCUGUUGGGGAUUGUCAUCUAUUGUUGCUGCCGGAAGAAGAACAAAAAGAAUACGUACACCGAAGGUUCCCCAGAAGCAGUGGAGUUUCACCACAAAGAUGCUCCUGAAGCUGAAGAGCAGUACAGUGAUGACAAGUCGAGCAAUGACAUAAAGCAAGGCCAGAAGGAUGUUCUUCGUAAAGCUAAUUACUGUGACGACAGAGAAACAGCUGGACGUAAAUUUGAGGAUGAUCAGGAUAGUUAUGAUAGCAGCAAAGACAGACUCGGAUGCAAAGGUAGUGAGACUGAAACCCGACAUUACAAAGAUGAGCCACAUGAUAGCGAACAGGGCGGUCGUAAUCACUUUGAUCAGCAUGAGCAUUACGGCAGCAGUCAAGAUCGUCGCGAUGAUUAUAGAGAUCGUUACAGUGACAGCCGUGAACGUCUUGACAAUCAACGUGAGCGCAGUGGCAGUCGUGAUCGCCUUGAUGAUCAAAGGAAUCAUUACAGUGGCAGUCGUGAUCGCCUUGAUGAUCAACGGAAUCAUUACAGUGGCAGCCAUGGGCGCUACGAUGACAGGCGUGAUCGCUAUGGUGGGAGUCGUGAGCGCCUUGAUGACAAUAAUGAUUGCUAUCGUACCAGCCGCGAUAACCUUAAUGACCACAGGGCUCGCUAUGGAGGCAGUCGUGAUCGUCUUGAUGACCAUCAUGACCGGUACAGAAGCCAAUAUGAAUAAUUUCAUGUUGUUACUGAAUGAGGGCGGCACGGUGGCUUAGUGGUUAGCACUGAUGCCUAACAGUGAGAAGGUCGUGGGGU